UAAACCCCGUUUAUUAUUUCUCCUUUGAGUCCAUUUCAAUACUUUUCUACUAAUAACACUCUAAACACUCCUGAGUACUCUAAAACUAGUAUAGAUAGCUUGCUUCGGCAGGAGCAAAGACCCGUUCCAGUUCCAUUGAACGUUGUUUCCCCACAAAUUCUCUUGCGCAAGAACCAUGAAUUGAAUCUGAUAGAUGUCUUUAAACAUCCGAAGUUCCACGUUCCCACCAUAAUGGUUCCGUCAAAAUGGAGGCUCAAAGCCAGACUCAAAGUCCCUCUGAAUGUAACCAGUGUGGAAAGAAAUUCCAACGUAAAGCACAUUUGCUUCGACAUCAACAGCAACGUAUGUACUCUUAUUGUUUCAGAGCUCAAACUAUCGAAGCCAUGCUCUAUGCUAUCAUCUAUCUAUCUAUUGUGGAGGGACCUGACGUGUGCAAAAUCUAGAUUCCGGUGUUCGCCCAUACAGCUGCAUAUUUUGUUCCAAAACCUUUAAACGCAGGCAAGUACCCGGGAAGUCACAUAACUAUGUACCUUUAUCGACUUUGCAAGAAUAUCUUCUAACAAUAUACCAUAGCGAUGUUCUCCGAGAUCAUUUCAGCAGAUGCGACCAUCGCGGAUCAGCCGCUAUUCCACAUUCUUUAGAACGAGGACGAAAACGGCACGCGUGCGACGAAUGCUCGAGGCUAAAGGUCAAAUGUGACAACGAAGUACCGUGUCGCAAAUGUAAGGAAUUUGGAAGAGUUUGUGUAAAAAGUAGAACUUCAAGUAUGCUCUUUUAAACAUCUCCGAAAGACAUGUUAUGAUUUGCACUAACAUCGUACUCAAGAUUCCGCUUCUUCGACAAAAGCUUCACCAAGCCCCGAGGUGCCACCUCCCCGGUCUUUGACUCCACUAGCUGGCACUCCGGAGCCUAUAUCGGAUCGAAAUUCGAUCAGCUUUUUAUUGAAUUUACCGAACGAAGCAGAGUUUAUGCGGGAGUUUCCAAAAGCUUCUACCAUGAGCCCAAAAGACAGAGCCGCAGAAUACAUGAGUUUGUAUCCUCAAAGUACAACACAGCCAUGGGCCGGAAGAUAUAUGAUGCACCAAAAUAUGGCAAAUUUUGGAUACACGUCAAACAUGGGGAUGGAUACAGGGGUGGGCUUUCUCAAUGACAUGGAAUUCGAAACAUUCGAAAGACAGCACGGAUGGCAGUCGCCUUCAGGCAACUUUAUUCCAUGGCCAUCAGACGGAAUGUUGAACGAUCGAAAUAUCCUGGAACAACGCGCCUAUGAUAUACGUGGGAAGUUGAGAAAUGCUGCAAUCUCACAGGUCGGACCCAAUGGUGUAUCAAAGGAAGUUGUUGAAGCAAUUGAGCACAUAACGGCCCAAGUUAUUGCUGCGCAUAUCGAGUUGUAUUUCAAGCAUUGGCAUCAUCAUGCACCUAUGGUUCACCAAGCUACUUUUAAUCCGUGCAAAGCUGCAUUACCCUUAGUUCUUUCCAUUAUGAGUCUUGGUGCAAUGGUAAGCAAAAUUAAAUAACCUGAGCUACCCCGGGCUAAAUGGCUAACGAAACUUUAGUAUUCUACAGAGGCAAACGAGGCAGCGGAGGGAAAGCUUCUUUUGGACACCAUAGAAACCUACAUCUACUCAAUAAAUGGGUUUAAUGACGAGUUUGACUUACCCGGUAGAACUUAUGCUGAGCGUAAAGGCAAUUCAUCUCAAGAAUGGCUGCAAUACCAGUUGGAGGAAUUUCAAGGCGCUUAUCUCAUUGUAGUUGUUCAAUUUUGGACAGGCAACGAGAUUGCAAGAACACGGGUUAGGCAACAACGGUUUACAAGAUUAGUAUCUGUGAGUAUCAUAAUUUACACUUUUCUGGAAGCCUGAGCUGACAUGGCGUUGGACAGAUUUAUCGCUCGUUAGAAUUAAAUACUGUACAACAUCCUCCUGGGUUUGUUAUCAAAGACCAAGAUUCGUUUAGAGAUUGGAUUCGCAAAGAAUCGUAUAUUAGAACGGCAAGUAUAAUGAUGAUGCUUGACAACGCAUUCGCCAUAUUUAAUAAUCUUACUCCAAGGAUUCAAUGGGCAGAGAUAGAUCUACCAUUUCCAAGCAAUGAGCAAUAUUUCAAAGCUGCAAAGUAUGAUGAAUUGGGAAAUCUUUCCGGAUUUCCACUUCCAAAGAUAAAGAUAAAGGAUGCCUUCCUUUUACUAUACUCUCCUAUGGAAAGAGCUGAGGAAGACCCAUUUCCGUUAUCUAGCCGUCAUCUAACUGCUCAAGAUAUGCAGAUGUUGAUCCAUAGUAAGAAUAACCUCGCCUACCAGGUUUUUGCACAAAGCUAACUCUCUACAGUCCUCUACGUCCAUAUCUGGAACUCAACAUUCUGCAACCCCUUGGUUCAAUUACCCAGCAUAUCUAUUUCCUCACUCCUCGCCCCUUUCAAACUCGCCAUGCGCAAUUGGAAAAUAGUCUGGGAUGAAAUCAAAUCUGCAGCAGAUGUAAAUGAAUGGAAUACACUCGGUUUUGAGAGAACGGCAGAAACUUAUUAUACGGCUGUUAAGAGCAUUCUUAAUAUUUUUGAAUCGAGAGAUGGGAAAUUUCCUCCUAUUCCUAGUGAUUGCGAGAAAGGGGCUCAUAUGAAGAGAUUGUUGAGUUUUUGUUAGAGGUUAGUUGUUAGUUGUUAGAGGUGCUUGGAAUUUUGGAUUCGGGUCUUUCAAAGGGAUGGAUGGGUGGAUGGGUGGAUGGGUGGAUGGGUGGAUGGUGUUUCGGUUUUGGGUGUCAUGCAUGACGGAUGUCAUGCUUAAAGUAUACGAGGGAUAUAUAUGGGAUUUGGGCUCAAGCAACAAUGAAUGGGAAUGGGAAUGAGUAUGGGAUAGGGUAUGG